CGAUGAUGCCUCCAGCCCUGCAUCAUCCCGGGAGGCGCGCGGGGCUGGGGUCCGGGCUGCGAGAUGGAGCGGGGGCUGCGCUGCGGCCACCGGGCAGCUCAUCUGUGAGUUGAGGCCCUGACUCCCUCUCCCCAGAAGGACGAGACCUUUCUCUCUGAAGAUGAACUCAACGGACCUCCUGCAGGAUGCGCCCAACAGCACCUCGCUCCUCCCGCCCCACGCCCCGGGGGGCAACAGCACCGCUCUGCAGGAGGGUCUCCAGGGGCUGGUCCACACAGCCACUCUGGUGACCUGCACUUUUCUCCUCGCCGUCAUCUUCUGCCUGGGCUCUUACGGCAACUUCAUCGUCUUCUUGUCCUUCUUUGAUCCAGCCUUCAGGAAAUUCAGAACCAACUUCGAUUUCAUGGUCCUGAACCUGUCCUUCUGUGACCUCUUCAUCUGCGGAGUGACAGCCCCCAUGUUCACCUUCGUGUUAUUCUUCAGCUCAGUCAGCAGCAUACCGGAUGCUUUCUGCUUCACCUUCCACCUCACCAGCUCCGGCUUCAUCCUCAUGUCCCUCAAGACGGUGGCAGUGAUCGCCCUGCACCGGCUCCGCAUGGUGCUCGGGAAGCAGCCGAACCGCACGGCCUCCUUUCCCUGCACCCUGCUCCUCACCCUGCUCCUCUGGGCCACCAGCUUUACCCUCGCCACCUUGGCCACCCUGAAGACCAGCAAGUCCCACCUCUGCCUUCCCAUGUCCAGUCUGAUUGCUGGAGAAGGAAAAGCUGUUCUGUCCCUCUACGUGGUGGACUUCACCUUUUGUGUUGCUGUGGUCUCUGUCUCCUACAUCAUGAUUGCUCAGACCCUGCGGAAAAAUGCCCAAGUCAGAAAAUGCCCCCCAGUAAUCACAGUUGAUGCUUCCAGACCACAGCCUUUCAUGGGGGCGCCUGUGCAGGGAGGUGGCGAUCCCAUCCAGUGCGCCAUGCCAGCUCUGUACCGGAACCAGAAUUACAACAAACUGCAGCACAUUCAGACCCACGGGUACACCAAGAGUUCCAAUCAGCUGCCAAGCCCUGCGGCCAGCCGCCUGCAGCUGGUGUCAGCUGUCAAUCUCUCCACAGCCAAGGAUUCCAAGGCGGUGGUCACCUGUGUGAUCAUUGUGCUGUCGGUCCUGGUGUGCUGUCUUCCGCUGGGGAUUUCCUUGGUGCAGGUGGUUCUGUCCAGAAGCGGGAACUUCAUCCUUUACCAGUUUGAACUGUUUGGAUUCACCCUUAUAUUUUUUAAGUCAGGAUUAAACCCUUUUAUAUACUCUCGGAACAGUGCAGGGCUGAGAAGGAAAGUGCUCUGGUGCCUCCACUACGUAGGCCUGGGUUUCCUCUGCUGCAAACAGAAGACCCGACUUCGAGCCAUGGGCAAAGGGAACCUCGAAGUCAACAGAAACAAAUCCUCUCAUCACGAAACAAACUCUGCCUACAUGUUGUCUCCAAAGCCCCAGAAGAAAUUUGUGGACCAGGCUUGUGGCCCAAGUCACUCGAAGGAGAGUGUGGUCAGUCCCAAGAUCUCCGCUGGACAUCAACACUGUGGUCGGAGCAGCUCAACACCCAUCAACACUCGGAUGGAGCCGUACUACAGCAUCUACAACAGCAGCCCCUCCCAGGAAGACAACAUCCCGUGCAACUUGCAGCCAGUAAGCUCGCUUGGAUUCGCCCAUUCCUAUAUGGCCAUGCAUUAUCACACCACUAAUGAUCUAAGGCAAGAAUAUGACAGCAUGUCAGCCAAGCAGAUUCCUGUCCCCUCUGUGUAGUCACGAAGGCUGGAGGAUCUUGUGUAAACUGUUUUGGUUUCUGAUGCUAAUAGAUUUUUUUUUUCCCACUUUUGUGAGACUAGUAGUAGAUCAGAACUUAAAGAUUCAACUAAACAGUGGGCAGUUAUGAUUUUCUUUUCUCUGAAGUAUUGGCAUCUAUUGGUUUGCUUUGUGGUUUCUUGACAUUUUAAGAUUUAGUGUAUAACAAAAACAAAUUAACAAAACAAUAAGUAAAAAAAAAAAGAUUUAAUGUAAAAGUUUACUAUUUAGAUUUUUAUCCUGACCUGUAUUUCAAUCUUUUGUACUAAACUUUGAACUAGAUCAUGCUACUGUGUUAAAAUAGAGAAUGAAUUGAUUAUGGUCCUUUGACUGGGUUAGAGGUCUUUGAGGUAUAUAUGAACUGGAGAUUUUAAAGAAUGUGAAGGUAUGAUUUUUACUGAGGUGUUAUUUUAUUGAAUGAUAAAUUUUGAUUCUUUCAAGUGUUGAAAUGGGGAAGAAUACACUUUUUUGGUAGCAGACUUAUUAGAAUAAAUACUAUAUUGUUAAAGCAGAAUUGUUAAAGCUAUAAUUAUUCUUACCAAAAAAAUACAUAGGUAUUAGGCACUGUCCUAAGACAGUCAACCAAGACUAUAGUAUUAUGAUUAUUACCAUUUAUUAUUAUAGACAUUAUUACUUUGUGUCAGUUGAGUAGCUAUGUAGUUUUUUGUUUCGUUUGUAAAGAAAGAUGUGUUUCCUUGGUAAACGUGAAUCAUUGUAUUUCAGAACGAGCUUACCCAGAAUGCUAGUGAAGGGGACUGCACUCUGGUGGAGGUGUGCUCUUCUGGCUCUUCCAGUGGAGGGGACGGCACUCUGGUGGAGGUGUGCUCUUCUGGGCUCUUCCAGUGGAGGGGAGUGCACUCUGGUGGAGGUGUGCUCUUCUGGGCUCUUCCAGUGGAGGGGACUGCACUC